CACCACUCAAAAAAUUAAGGAUAAGGGACUUUUACUAAAAAAAAAAUUAGAUAGGAUAAGGUACUCGCGUGUCCCUGGUCGUCCGUUCUCCGCCCAGCAAGCGCUGCGCCGGCGCUGCCAUGAUGGUCGCUUCCGUCGUGCCCUCUCCGCUGGCUGGUCCUGCACUCGCGAGGCCUGGCCGCACGCGUCUCCUUCCGCCCUGCGACCUGCCGGCCGGCUCCUCUUUGCAAUCGGCCAGCGGCUGCCGCAUCGCCCGCGGCGGCGCACGGCGCCCGCAGCACAUCUCGUUCGCAGCCGGAGGAGGCGCAGAGGGUGACGCUUUUGUCGUAGAAGGCGCGACGAAUGUGAAGUUCUCCAGGGAGCUAACUGUUCCGGGCCACAAAGAGCCUCUGAUCAUCCUCGGCACAGGUUACAGAGACAAGUUCUUCGUCAAGGUAUACGCCGCAGCGUUCUAUGUGGAUAUCUCCAUCGGACUCGAUACCGAGCAAUGGAGAAAAAAGGUUGGCCUCGAGACUUUUGAUGCUUCCUCUGGUUUUGACUCCAUUUUUAAAGCACCGGUUGUGAAAUCUCUGAAUAUAACUCUAGUUAGAGACGUUGAUGGCAAGACCUUUGUGAAGGCUUUGGAUGGCGUUAUAGCUCGCCGGAUUCAGAAACGGACCGAUGAGGAAGAAUCUUCACUGUCGGCUUUCCGGAACAGCUUUCUAGGGCGCAAUCUCAAAAAGGGAACAACCAUCUAUUUAACUUGGUUGGAACCCUCAAGAAUGCUGGUCUCGGUUUCGACCGACCAAGGUCCAUCCCAAGUCGACGUUGAGGUCAAAUCAGCUACUGUCAAUUAUGCUCUAUAUGAUGGCUUCUUCGGCAGCUCUCCCGUAUCCCCCACUUUGAGAUCUUCCACUGCUCAGCUGCUAGAAGCUAUCCUUACAAAGUGACGUGCAGAGCAGGAUCAAUGUAUAUAUGGUCCCUCAAGACAAAGUCCAGAGUGAUGAAUCAAUGAAUACUAUAGCAGUUUUCUUGGA